AACACCGAUGAGGAGGGAUGGCAGGAGGCAGGAAGGGGCUCGUUGCCCCCCAGAACACUUUCUUAGAGAAUAUCGUCAGACGCUCCAAUGACACAAACUUUGUACUUGGUAACGCUCAGAUAGUGGACUGGCCUAUCGUGUACAGCAAUGAUGGAUUCUGUAAACUGUCUGGAUAUCAUCGAGCAGAAGUUAUGCAGAAGAGCAGCACUUGCAGCUUCAUGUACGGGGAGUUAACGGACAAGGAAACAAUUGAAAAAGUUCGACUCACAUUUGAUAACUAUGAGAUAAACUCAUUUGAAAUCCUGAUGUACAAGAAGAACAGGACACCAGUCUGGUUCUUCAUAAAAAUUGCUCCGAUUCGAAAUGAACAAGACAAGGUGGUUUUAUUCCUUUGCACUUUUAGCGACAUCACAGCUUUCAAACAGCCCAUUGAGGAUGAUUCAACCAAAGGCUGGGGUAAAUUUGCCCGUCUGACAAGGGCACUCACAAGCAGCAGAGGUGUUCUACAGCAGCUAGCUCCAACUGUGCAUAAAGGAGAAAGUGUUCACAAGCACUCAAGGCUGGCUGAGGUAUUACAGCUUGGCUCGGAGAUUCUUCCACAAUACAAACAAGAGGCACCAAAGACUCCACCGCACAUCAUCCUGCACUACUGUGCAUUCAAAACUUCCUGGGAUUGGAUAAUCUUGAUCCUGACCUUCUACACUGCAAUUAUGGUUCCCUACAACGUUUCCUUCAAAACCAAACAGAACAAUGUGACUUGGCUAGUAGUUGAUAGCAUUGUCGAUGUCAUCUUCUUGGUGGACAUAGUGCUCAAUUUUCAUACCACUUUUGUUGGGCCGGCUGGAGAAGUGAUUUCCGACCCAAAACUGAUCCGUAUGAAUUACUUGAAGACUUGGUUUGUUAUAGACCUCCUGUCCUGUUUGCCAUAUGAUGUCAUCAAUGCCUUUGAGAACGUGGAUGAGGGCAUCAGCAGCCUCUUCAGCUCCCUUAAAGUUGUUCGGCUUCUUCGCUUAGGCCGGGUGGCCCGAAAGCUGGACCAUUACAUCGAAUAUGGAGCUGCUGUGUUAGUGCUACUCGUUUGCGUUUUCGGCCUUGCAGCACACUGGCUGGCCUGCAUCUGGUACAGCAUUGGGGAUUACGAAGUGAUUGAUGAGGAAUCAAACCGGAUAAGAACAGAAAGCUGGCUGUAUCAGCUGGGGGAAAACAUUGGAAUGCCGUAUCACUUUAAUGCAAGUGGGACAGACAAGUGGGAAGGAGGCCCAAGCAAAGACUCAGUUUACAUCUCCUCACUGUAUUUUACGAUGACCAGCCUCACCAGCAUCGGGUUUGGUAACAUUGCCCCAACCACAGACGGGGAGAAGAUCUUUGCUGUGGCUAUGAUGAUGAUUGGCUCUCUUCUGUAUGCAACCAUCUUUGGUAAUGUGACGACAAUCUUCCAGCAAAUGUACGCUAACACCAACAGGUACCACGAGAUGCUGAACAGUGUCCGAGACUUCCUGAAGCUUUACCAAGUGCCAAAGGGCUUAAGUGAGCGUGUCAUGGAUUAUAUUGUUUCCACUUGGUCAAUGUCCAAAGGAAUAGACACCGAAAAGGUUCUAGAGAUUUGCCCCAAGGAUAUGCGAGCAGAUAUUUGCGUGCACCUAAAUCGCAAAGUCUUCAAAGAGCACCCGGCAUUUAGACUAGCAAGUGAUGGCUGCCUACGUGCCCUGGCAAUGGAGUUUCAGACCAUACAUUGUGCUCCAGGCGAUCUUAUUUACCAUGCAGGUGAAAGUGUGGACAGCCUCUGCUUUGUGGUUUCCGGCUCACUGGAAGUCAUCCAAGAUGAUGAAGUUGUUGCUAUCCUAGGGAAAGGAGAUGUCUUUGGAGAUGUGUUCUGGAAGGAAAAUGCUCUCGCUCAGUCCUGCGUCAACGUCAGAGCCCUGACAUAUUGUGACCUUCACGUUAUCAAAAGAGAUGCCUUGCAGAAGGUUCUGGAAUUCUAUACAGCCUUCUCCAAUUCCUUUUCACGAAACCUUAUCCUAACGUACAAUCUUAGGAAAAGAAUUGUUUUUAGGAAGAUCAGUGAUGUGAAGCGGGAAGAGGAGGAGAGGAUGAGGAGAAAGAAUGAAGCCCCACUCAACCUGCCUCCCGACCAUCCCGUACGGAGGCUUUUCCAGAGGUUUAGGCAGCAGAAGGAAGCCCGUAUAGCGGCCGAGAAAUUCAAGGAUGAUGAUGUGGAGAAAGGCACUGUGACCUCUGAGAGCCUUGAGCCAGAUGUUGCAGCAAUGACCAGUGUAGUUACAGUAACUGAAAGUCCUGCAACACCAAUCCCUUCACAGGUUGUUAGACCCUCAACAUCUGGUGUGUCAGACCAAGCUAAACUGCAGGCUCCAACUUCCGAAAACUUUGUCGUUGUGAAACUCUCGGGGGAGUCCAGUAAAAGGAAGGGCUGGUCUAAAUUUAAGGAAUCUGUUACAAAAACAGAAGAAUGGAAUAAAGUGUCAAAGGCAGAAUCCAUGGAAACCUUACCCGAAAGAACUAAAACACAUGAAGAGACCUCGCUGAGAAAAACAGACUCGUGUGACAGUGGCAUUACAAAAAGUGAUUUGAGAUUAGACAAUGCUGGAGAAACUCGGAGCCCCCAGGACAGAAGCCCUGUGCUGACAGAGGCCAAGCACUCAUUUUAUCCAAUUCCUGAGCAGACCCUUCAAGCCACCAUAAUGGAAGUAAAAAAUGAGCUGAAACAGGACAUAAAGACCCUGAAUAACAAAAUCACUAGUGUUGAAAAGCAACUUUCUGAAAUACUGAGGAUAUUAAAUGCAAGGAGACCUACAGAUUCACCAGAUGACAUAUUUGAAAUAUCAAGGCCAAGUACCCCAGACUCUGACAAGGAGGACCUCCAGUUCUAGCUGGGCCAGCCUUUGCGUUUAAAACUACUGUAAACUAUACUGGGAAAAUUCAGGUGUCAUUGCUAAAUACAGUGCUGAGUUUAAGGCUGAGCUAUCCAGGGUGCUGAAGUCAAGUGAUAGAGCGGGGAUUACUAUGACAUGCUUGAUUUCUGAGCAGCAGAUGCUGUUUUUUUCUUGGAAAAGUGUGUACCAUCACUCCUAGAAUAGAAGGCGUAAGGAAGAUACUUUUUUUUUCAAUCUGAUUUAUUGAUACUCAUAAUUUUGAUCAGACACUCAAAGAGAAAUUAAACUAUAUUAAAAUUAACUGUAACUUUGACAUG